CCAUUAGGGUUCUAGUGAUGACUAGGAUUUCUUUUUGGUAAAUGAACUCUACUUUACCUAUAUAAAGAGUGGAAAUAGGCUAGUAAUUUUAUCUUCACUACUACAAAUCUCAGAUCUUCCAAAGGCUUAUAUAUAUAUACUGAUCAGAAAUGGAAGAAAAUGGGUCCUUUGGAGGUGUAGAGCCAUAUUGGAAAAAUAAAAGACCAUUGGAACUCGAACUCGAAGGUAAUCAAAAAAAUGAUGAUGAUGAGCUAAGCAACACUUUGAUAAUGAAUGAGGGUAUUAUUAGUUCAUUACCAUUGUGGAAAAAAGCACACUUGAUGGACUACUUUAGUGGUGGUAGUAGUAGCAAUGGAGCCCCCAGCAAGGCUUUUAAUACUACUACCACUAUUAAUAAUAGUAGUACUAAUACCCUUUUCUCAGCCCUAAUUAAUGAAAAUCAAGGGCCAAGAGCUGAUGAGUUUCCAAGCUUUUGUAAUACUAAGGAAAGUUUGGACAAUAGGGCUAAUGAUCAUAUCCAGUUCAGAUAUGGUCAUAACAUAGACCCUAACAUGGACCCAAGGAAAAUCAAACGGAUAAUUUCCAAUCGAGCUUCUGCACAAAGAUCUAGAUGGAAGAAGAUUCAAUAUAUCUCAGACAUGGAAAACACAGUGAGGGCUUUGAAGAGCCAAAUAUCAUCGCUAUCUCCUCGAGUUGCAUUGUACACAAAAGAGCAUCAACUUUUACAAUUGGAGCAUACUAAGUUGACUCAUCAGAUAUCUGUAUAUACGAAUCAAGAAUUACUUGGACAAGUGGAAUUUGAGAAGAAUAAAGCAGAAGUGAACAGGCUGAGGGUACUCUAUUUUAAGCAGCAACAACAACAACUACAUAUACAACAACAGUACCACCACUAUUUUCAAGCACCAUCAUUGCCUCAUCAUGAAGAGUAUUUAUCAAUGAACCAAAUAAUGCCUAAUUAUUUCAAUAAUCAACCUACCCAGAUCUUUCCACACUACCCAGACUUAGAUGUUGAAUUCGGAUGCAAUAAUAUUAAUGGUGCUACUGGGAAUUAUAAUCUAAUUCAAGAUCAAAGUACAAGAUCACAGAUGGUGAGUAAUACAACACUGCAAUAUGAUGUAGAUGAUAGUGAUCAUGUUCAAGAUCAAACAGGACAAUCAUGGACGACAACAACAACCAAUUUUAUCGAAGAACCAAAACAACAUGAUCAUGACAUUGAAACCGAUAUUCAAUUCUAUAACAACCAUUUUGGAUCUAUACCAGAAUAUGCAUGACUACUUCUACAAAAGAUAUAUAUAUUGCUGCUCUCCUCAUUGUUGCCUUCCAUCGUUUCAAAAUUUUAAAUUGUGUUUAAUAUUUAUUUUUUCUUGAUUUAAUUUAUCAAUUACUUUAUUAUUUAUUUGUUUGUGUUGUCAGCUGUUUGUCUCACAACUUAAUUACUAUUUAUUUUAUAAAUUAUUAUUACCUCUAUUUGUUUAUUUUUUAAUUAUUUUAGUUACUCUUUAUUAAUUUUUAUAUAUAUAAAUACUACUAUGUUUUUUCUAUUAUAUGUUGUAAAUGAUAUUAUGGAUGAUAUAAUUAAUAAUAUUAUAGUAAGAGUAUAUUUGGAAGUAACUGUGUAAUUACUAGUAGUUACGCAGUAUAGUAAUUAUUACUUACACUGUAUAUUAAGCAAUAUAUGUUUGGAUUAUACGGUAUAGUAAUUACUUAUAAAUUCUUAAUUUCUUAUUUUACAAAAUAGUUAAUAAUUACUACACAAAAAAAU